UUCCGACAGGGGGCGCUAAGUGCGACCGACGCUUCAACUCACAACAUUUCUUGUUUGUAGUCGACAAGUUGAUGUUCGUGUGCGGCGUUUUUAAAAGACUGCAAGCUGAAAGUUUGAACGGACGAAACCACACAGCUUUCUUAACUGAAUAUGGAGGAACUAAGGCAUCAAGUUAUGAUAAAUCAGUUUGUUCUUACAGCCGGAUGUGCGGCAGAUCAAGCAAAGCAGCUUCUACAAGCUUCACAUUGGCAGUUUGAGACUGCACUCAGUACUUUUUUCCAAGAGGCUAAUAUUCCUUACAGUCAUCAAAUGAUGUGCACUCCAGCCAACACACCAGCGACACCCCCCAACUUCCCAGAUGCCCUAGCCAUGUUUUCUCACCUGAAAGCCUCAGAGAGCUUCAACAACAGCAGUCCCAUCACUUCUAUGGCUACAUCACCAGCUCCUCACACCAACUGGGCCAUGAGCCCUCCGGCGACCCCUGGCCUCCAGGGGCGAUGGACUCCGGGUCAGCUUGUGCCGCAGACGACCUCUCCAGGCUGGCCCGCAGCUGUGACUCAGCAAGCCUCCGCUGAGCAUACUAGUAUUGUCAUGGAGGCCGAGAGAUAGAGACUGCUUUAACCAGCCAUCACACCUUACGGGAAGAGGAGGAUGGACCUUCCUCUUGACGAUUUCGGCAGUUGUGGAUGUAAAACUGAAUUGAAGUGAACGCUAUGGGAGAUCGGUGGUGGUGGAACAGCAUAUGUCCUCUCCUCUGAGGUCACUGGAGAUUUGGGACUCUUUUAAAAAGCUUUUUUGGCCAAAAAAGAUGGACAGAAUGAGUAAUUAUGUAGCAUAUUCACAGACAACCUCAGACAAAUGAAUGUGUUACUGAAUAUUGUCCAUUUCAGCAGUUCUCAAGUAAUAGUGGAUACUCUAUUUUGCACUGUUUACUCAACCUGCAGUGGAUCUACAGUUAAAGGGACAGUUACUCGUCGUUGUGUCAUUCCAAACCUGUGACUUUAUUUUGGACACCAUUGACUUCCUUUUUAUGGACAAAAACUGUUGAAAUGUAUCUUUUGUUAUACAGAUGACAGUCAUUCGAGUUUAAGGCCUGUUCACACAAAAGACUACAGAGAAACGAUACCGUUGGAUUCAUUUUCACAACGAUUAUUUCCAGCUGAUGAACAAUAAAAACACUGACAGCCAAUCAGAAUCCAUCCUGCUUUAAAGAGCUUGAGCAUUUAACGCAGCAGAUAACAAAAGCAGAACAAUAUUGUCCGCUGUUGUGGAUGCAUAAAUAGUUAUUGUUCUUGGGGUGAACAGGCUUUUAGAAUGAAAUGAGUAAAUGAUGACAGUGUUCAUUUUUGAGUGUACUGUCCCUUUAAUUGACAGGUUUACUGCAGCAAUCACAUGAUCUGGUGUGUAUUUAUUGACUUCCUUAUGACUCAGUGAUGAAUUGAAUUGGCAUUUUGUAUAAAAGUAAUGGUAUAGGAAGCAUUUCAUACCCCAGAAUGUUAAAUUCUCUGGUUUUACCCAGUGCUUACAGCACAUUUGUCUGUUUUAUCAUGAAUCCCUAUUGUAAUAAAUAAAGUGAGAAUAUAUUCCUCCUAUUUCUUUUGACAGAUCAUCUCCCUGCAACUGUGUUCACACUGCCUCCACAAUAUUUGUGGACUGUGUGAUGGUUAUCAUUUCCUAUUUUUUGUGUGUGUUUUUAAAUAAAUAUUGUAUAUAUUGCAAAA